AUGAAUUCAAAUGAUCAUCAUAAUUUUUCAUCUGACUUAAAGCUUGAUUCUGUUUCAUAUCUCGUGUCUAAUUGUUUAAUAAUAACUUAUGCCCAAAUAUUGUACGAAUGUAACUUUGACAGUAAUACAAUAACAACUUCAUGUCUUAAACCAGAACAACUUGCUGGAUUGCUUAUUAGUGAACAACUGGGAAGUGCUGGUAUACAACCACCUUUUUCACCUCUUUCUGAUGUCACAUCUAGUCUUAAACCAACAAGUAAUGGUGAAUCAUGUAAUCUACCUUAUAAAAUCAAUUCUUUCGCCUGGGAUAUGUACUUUUGUAAUGAGGGUUAUUGUCAAACAUCAACAGAUUCAACCUCAAAAUGUUCAUCAGGCAAAUUUGGAUACUUUAAUUUUCAAGCAGCAAGAAAAGUUAGUUUCACUCUGAAUACAGCCUCAGGUGGUACAAAUGGUACCGAUGAACAAUGUCUCAUCUAUUAUUAUUAUUUAUCAAACAUAACAGGAAUAGACCUAAGCAUCACAGUACGCAAACAAGAAGUAGGAGAUAUUAGUGAAACAAUUGAUACUGUAACACGUAGUCCAUAUAAUGGAUGGAUAAAGCGUCAAGUAUCAUUUCAUACUUCAAAGGGUGGUUAUAAAAUUUACUUUGAUUUUGAGAAAACUUUUGGACUACCUAGUCUUACUACUGUAAUCAGUAUUGAUGAGAUAUCAGUACAUCAACGCAACUGCCCCAGUGAACCAGCUACUGAAAGCACGCUAACAAUUUCAACAACUGGGUCGGAUAUAACAACAAGUAAUAUAAUCGAAACUAUAUCAACUGUACAGACAACUGAUACAACAGUUACAGAGUCAUCAUCAAUGGAGCCCAUCACUACAACUGAAACUACUACUACAACCAGUGUUACCGCAACAACUACAGCUACUACUAUCACCACAAUUACUACUACUACUUCCUCAUCAACUACAACUACUAUUGCCUCAACAACUACAAUAACUAUCAGUACCAGUACUACUACUUCAACAAGUACAACUACCACCACUUUAACAACUACAACUACUACUAUCACAACUACUACUACUUUAACAAUUACAAUUACUGCUUCCUCAUCAACUACAACUACGGCUACCUUAACAACUGCAACUACUAUUACCUCAACCACUACGACAACUACUGUCUCAACAACUACAACAGCUACCAGUACCAGUACCACUACCUCAACUACUACUGUGAUUACCAUUACUACUACCGCAACUACUACAAUAACUACUGCCUCAACAACUAUCAGUACCAGUACUAUUACUUCACCAACUACUACUGUAAUCACCACUAUUGCAACCACAACAUCUACUUCUGUACAAACAACAACGAGCACAACUUCAACAUCGUCGGCUUCCAUGACCACGACUACCACGAUGCCCACAACUACGACAACAGUCAUGACGAAUCUACCAUCAUCCACUACGAUGAUUACCAAUUCUACAUCAAAUGUAACACAAUCAACUACAGCAGAUUCAUUAGAAAAUACAACAAAGAAAGAUCCAUCCAAAAGAACGCUGAUUAUUGCUUUGGCUACUGGAAUACCGGCUGCGUUGAUUAUAGUUGUCAUUAUUGGCGUGUGGAUAAAAAGAUCAGCCGUUAGCGGCCUCCUCAGUGGUAUUUCACAUCCAUUCACUGACAUAACUGAUCAAAAUGAAAUGACUACUUUUAAACUCAAUGAUUUACAAGACGAUCAUGCAUUUUAA